CUGUCACUACGCAUGCGCCGCGUCUUUCUGAAUGUCAAACAUGGCAGCUUCCAGAGGCCUGCAGCUGCUGACUUUUUUUCAGGGAUGUCGGCGUUGUACUACAGCUUUAUUUUUGUUUAAUUCGAAAAGUGUAUUUUUUCGGAGUCCAUAUGCUAAGAUGACCAUAAGACGUAUAUGUAUGAAUAUGCCACUUCAUGGAAAGAAUCUGGCUGCAGUGGGUCCAGAGAAAUAUACAGAAGAAUUCAUUAAGAAACAGAUUGAACAGUUUAAUCUUGGAAAAAGGCAUCUAGCUAAUAUGAUGGGAGAAGAUCCAGAGACCAUGACACAGGAGGAUAUUGAUAGAGCCAUUGCUUACCUUUUCCCUUCUGGAUUGUUUGAAAAGAAGGCAAGACCUCUAAUGAAGCAUCCUGAUGAAAUAUUUCCAAAGCAACGAGCUGUACAGUGUGGAGAAGAUGGACGUCCUUUUCAUUUUCUAUUCUAUACGGGCAAACAGUCUUACUAUUCUUUAAUGCAUGAUACUUAUGGAAAAAUGUUCCAAAUUCAGAAAUAUGAAGAUCACUUUCGAGCUAAAGAUCUCUUUUCUAAAGAUGAAAAGCAAAUAAAUCUAGUUGGUACAAGAUGGCUUACUAAAGAAGAAUUAGAAGAGUUACUAGUUGAGUCAAUCUCAACUCAUGAUUACAGAAGAUUUAUUCAGCUGAUGGAAAGAAUAUUGUGUCUUCAGUACUGCAGUACUGAGGAAGAAUAUAUUCUUAAGUUUCGCCAGAAGCUUGAAGCGCAGUCUAAGAAACACAUCAUUCAGCCACUGCAGUAUGAUGAAGAUGGGAUUGCUUUUAUUGAGGGAGAAGGGAGAAGAAAGGCCGCCAAUGCAAAAAUCAUACUUCAUUGCAAUGGAUCUGGAAGAAUAACUGUAAAUGGACUGAACUAUCUGAACUUUUUUCCAGUGCUACAAGACAGAGAGCAGCUAAUGUUUCCCUUCCAGUUUUUAAAUCGCAUUGGUCAAUAUGAUAUGGAUUGCACAGUCUCAGGAAGUGGCAGGUCAGCCCAAGCUGGUGCAAUUCGAUUGGCUGCAUCUAGAGCUUUGCUCAGCUUAGUAACAGAGACUGAAGCAGAGUCACUGAGACAAGCUGGAUUGCUUACUGCAGAUCCUCGAAUAAAAGAACGCAAAAAACCAGGACAAGAAGGAGCACGAAGGAAAUUUACAUGGAAAAAACGUUAAUAUGCAUCUCUAACUUGUAUAUGCAGACCACUGUUAAACGUAUUCAAACUUAACAUUGUGUUUUGUCUGGCUUGCUGCACGCCAGAAAAAAGAACAACGAAUGCUUGACCAAGUUACAUUAAAAGUAAAUGUACAACAUAGCAGAUGAGGUUUAAAGAGCAGUAAACUGUAAUUAAAGAUUGACGUCUAAGCCAAUAAAUAAGUGCAAAAAAUUCUAAACUGUAAA